GAAUCAGACGGAGGAUCACAGACAGCGUGUUUUACAGGCGGCUGCCAAGACUGUCCGAGUGUGGUUCAUCAAGGUCCGGAAGAUGAAAGCCAUUUAUCACACUUUGAACCUCUGCAACAUCGAUGUCACUCAGAAGUGUCUGAUCGCUGAGAUCUGGUGCCCUGUGUCAGAUCUAGACUCCAUUCAGUUUGCGCUCCGUCGGGGCACGGAGAAAAGUGGAUCCACUGUUCCCUCUAUCCUGAACAGAAUGCAGACCAAGCAGACCCCACCCACCUACAACAAAACCAACAAGUUCACCUCUGGCUUUCAGAACAUUGUCGAUGCCUACGGCAUCAGCAACUACCGGGAGAUCAACCCAGCUCCAUACACCAUCAUCACCUUCCCCUUCCUGUUUGCGGUCAUGUUUGGCGAUCUGGGUCACGGUGUACUCAUGACCUGUGCUGCACUUUAUCUGGUGCUGCGAGAGAGCCGAUUAAUUUCCCAGAAAAACGACAAUGAGAUGUUUAACAUGGUAUUUGCGGGCCGUUACAUUAUUCUCCUGAUGGGACUAUUUUCAGUGUACACUGGGAUUAUCUACAACGACUGUUUCUCCAAAUCCCUCAAUGUCUUUGGCUCAGGCUGGAGCGUCAAACCCAUGUUUGGAGAGAAAGGAGACAACUGGACGUUUACAACACUGAAGGAAAACCGGAUAUUACAGUUGAACCCUUCUGUGCCAAAUGUGUUUAAUGGACCCUAUCCAAUUGGCAUUGAUCCAAUCUGGAACAUUGCCACCAACAAACUGACGUUUCUGAACUCCUUCAAGAUGAAGAUGUCAAUAAUUCUGGGAGUUAUCCACAUGACGUUUGGAGUUAUUCUCAGUCUUUUCAAUCACCUGUACUUCAACAAACCUCUGAACAUCUUUCUGGGUUUUAUUCCUGAGAUCGUCUUCAUGAUCAGUCUGUUUGGCUACCUGAUGCUGCUCAUUUUUUACAAGUGGUUGGCAUAUGAUGCCAAGACCUCAAAAGAUGCCCCCAGUCUUCUAAUAGCCUUUAUCAACAUGUGCCUCUUCAGCUACAACGAUCCCACUAACAAACCGCUAUACACGGGACAGAUGGUAAUUCAGUGUCUGCUAGUUGUUAUAGCUCUCGCCUGUGUGCCAUGUAUGCUUAUAAUAAAAACCCUAGUAAUGCGCAGGCAAUACCUUUGGAGAAGACACCUGGGAACACAAAACUUUGGGGGAAUCCGAGUCGGUAACGGCCCCACAGACGAUGAAGCUGAGAUCAUCCAACAUGACCAGCUUUCCCAAAACUUAGACGAAGAACCUGAGCAGUCAGAGGAAGAAGUGUUUAAUUUUGCAGAUGAAGCAGUGCAUCAGGCCAUUCACACAAUAGAAUACUGCUUAGGCUGCAUCUCAAACACUGCCUCUUAUCUACGACUUUGGGCGUUGAGUCUGGCCCAUGCACAGCUCUCUGAGGUCUUGUGGUCAAUGGUGAUGCACAUGGGCCUCGCUUCUAGGAAUUUUGGUGGAUUCUUUGCCCUGUCAAUCAUCUUUGCCUUCUUUGCUACCCUGACAGUGUUUAUUCUGUUGAUCAUGGAAGGCCUGUCCGCCUUCCUUCAUGCUCUUAGAUUGCACUGGGUGGAGUUUCAGAAUAAAUUCUACACUGGACAAGGCUUCAAGUUCAUGCCUUUCACUUUUGACAGCAUUCUGGAGGGCAAGUUUGAAGACUAAACCACACCCACAUUCUCUCCUUUCAACAACAGGAGCCAAUCAGAUUAUGUGUGAGAUUUUAUGAUUUGUGUGAACACUGUGACUUUGUAAGGCUCUAUAUUUCUCAGGUGUUCUACAUCGGGACAUGGAAUAAAUUUCAAGGAAGUAAGCUAGAAGUAUUUAGUAGAAGCUGAGCUGAAAAUAAUCUGAGCUAGAACUGGAUAACAUAUUCGCAAUGAUUUCAUUACUCUUAAAUACUUGAUUAUGUAAUAAUACAAACUCAAGUGCUGUUACCAUACAGCACACAGGAGUAUGAACAGCUUGUCUUUUUUUGUCGUAAAAGCCUCAUAAAUGUGUACACUCUUUAAUCAAGGCACAAUAUCAUUAAAGUUUCCCUACCAUUAUAGUACAGGUUCUGAUAUGUGAUAAAUUUCUGAUUUUUUCCCCCCAGUCAGUUAAAUUAUUAGUUUUUUUUUUUUUAAUGUAUCUUUUAUCCUUUGUUAAACACAUUUCUAAAACAGUUCUCAUACAAAGGGACCUCAUUUCAAAUGCAGAAAAGCAAGCUUCAUUGUUUGCCAUUUUACCAUCUUCUGUCAUGCAGAGAGGAGGAUUUCCUCAUAAAGCAUAUCAGAAUAAUAGUUGCAAAUAAUCCCCCAGAAUAGCCAGAUUUAUUGCAGAUCUUUUCAUUCCUUUGUAAACACAUGUAAAGAGUAGUUAUAUUUUAGUUGGUAUUGAACUGUGUUGCUGUUUUUUUGUUGGUUUUUUUUGGUGUAUUUUGCUGUUGUCUUAGGACAAUUAAAGGCAAAAACACAUCUAAGCUAUGUUAACCGUAUGAAUCUGUUCGCUGCAGUGCCCAGUUCCGGGUUUUUUUAUUGUUGUUUAUAAUUGAGUUUACAACAUACACAUGCAAUGGCUCUUGAAGAAAACGUGUUUGCUUGCUAGAUGUCAGAGGCAGUCCAUUUAGUCUUGGAGAAAUUAACUAUACCAAGUAAAAGCAGCCAGUGAAGCUGUGAUUGUCUGUUUUUUGUCAAUAAAGAAGGACUGGAUAUGAACUUGA